CUGGUUGAUCUCCGGUCCUCUUCACGUGCGCACCGUCGGUACAUCUUAACGCCUCAGAAAGCUCAGCUGUACUUGGACCACAAACAACAAAUAUGACAGGAAACCACUGGGGAUACGGAAAGGAGGAUGGUCCCUCAGCAUGGCUUAAAAACUACCCCGUUGCCGAAGGAGACCGUCAGUCCCCCAUUGACAUUAUCCCUCUUCAAGCUUCAUAUGAUCAAAGCCUGGGCCCCAUUGUCAUCAACUAUGAUCAGUGCAUCUCCAUCAACAUUUCCAAUAAUGGCCACUCUGUAGUUGUGGAGUUUGAUGACACUGAUGAUCGUUCAGUGAUUCGAGGAGGCCCUCUUGACAACCCCUACAGACUGAAACAGUUUCACUUCCACUGGGGUGGAAAAGGAUGCCAUGGCUCUGAGCACACUGUUGGGGGAAAUGGCUAUGCUUCAGAGCUUCAUUUAGUUCACUGGAACGCUGUUAAGUACAAGACAUUUGGAGAAGCAGCAACAGCUCCUGAUGGUCUCGCUGUUCUUGGCAUCUUUUUAGAGACAGGUGACGACCACAGAUGGCUCCACACGAUAACGGAUGCUCUGUACACGGUCAAAUUUAAGGGCAGUCUCACAGAUUUCAAAGGCUUCAACCCCAGAUGCCUCCUUCCCAGCAGCCUCCACUACUGGACCUACUCGGGGUCCCUGACUACACCUCCCUUACACGAGAGCGUCACCUGGAUUGUCCUGAAGGACCCGAUCACUGUGUCUGAAAAACAACUGGGGAAGUUCAGAAUGCUUCUGUUCAAUGGAGAAGAGGAAGAUGAGAGGAUGCGCAUGGAGAACAACUUUAGGCCUCCCCAACCUCUCAAAGGCAGGAAAGUGCGUUCCUCCAAUUAAUGGGGCCUCAAACAUCUAAUGUCAUGAAUUGAAAAACAAAUAAAAUGGAACUGCACAUCAGGAUUUUUUGAAUAAUUAAGGGAUGCAUACAAUUGGUUAUUUUGAGCAAUAUUACAACAACAGCACAGCAAUGGCAGA